UUGAUUUCUCAUGCUUCUAUUCUUCGCUUGAUAGAGAGAAGGAUGACUUUACAGGAGAAAAAAGAAGAAAUUCAUGUUCUAAUGGUUGCAUUCGCGACACAAAGUCACAUAAACCCGAUGCUAAGACUAGGCAAGCGCCUAAUCUCCAAAGGCCUCCAUGCCACACUUGCCACCACUGAGCUCGCCCGCCACCGUAUGCUCAACUCCGCCACCAUAAACGCCACCACUGAUUCCAUCUCCGGCAUCAAACUCAUCUUCUUCUCCGACGGCCUAAGUCUCGACUACGAUCGGAAAGCCAAUUUGGACAAUUACAUGGAGUCUAUGGGUGAUGUUGGACCUAUUAACCUCACAAACCUUAUCAAACACCAUUAUCCAAUUAAUGGUCACAAAAAACUCUCUUGCUUAAUCAACAAUCCUUUCGUUCCAUGGGUGUCUAAUGUGGCUAAUGAGCUUGGAAUCCCUUGUGCCUUGCUUUGGAUCCAACCAUGUUCACUUUACACAAUCUACUAUCGCUUCUAUAACAACUUAAACAAAUUUCCUACCUCAACAAACCCCAACACUAGUGUUGACAUACAAGGGUUGCCACCAUUAGAGACUCAAGAUUUGCCUUCUUUUGUUCUUCCAUCAAAUCCAUUUGGUAGCUUCCCCAAACUAUUCUCUGAUAUGUUCCAAAACAUGAAGAAGUACAAGUGGGUGCUGGGCAAUUCAGUCUAUGAGCUUGAAAAAGAUGUGAUUGAUUCAUUCUCCGAUCUAUCCCGAAUUCAUCCGGUCGGGCCAUUAGUCCCUCCAUCACUGCUUGGAGAAGAUCAAGAUCAAGAUGUGGGCGUUGAAAUGUGGAAAUCUGAAGACACAUGCAUUGAAUGGUUAAACAAACAAAAAUCUUCUUCAGUCAUCUACGUAUCCUUUGGUAGUAUUUCUGUGUUAUCGGCUAAAGAAAUGGAGACUAUAGCGGGGGCUCUAAAGAGCACAAACCGUCCAUUUCUUUGGGUUGUUAGGAAACCUGAUGUGCCCUCAUCAGAUGGUGCAGGUGAGGUGCCAUCAGGUUUUGUUGAAGAGACCAAAAAUCAAGGGCUUAUAGUGUCUUGGAGUCCACAAGCAAAAGUUCUAGCGCAUUCCGCCAUCGCUUGUUUUUUAACACAUUGUGGAUGGAAUUCCACAUUGGAAACAAUUGUUGCAGGCGUGCCUGUGAUUGCGUACCCGCAAUGGACCGACCAGCCCACAAAUGCUAAGCUUAUUACAGAUGUUUUCCGCAUUGGUCUAAGAAUUAAGCCAAGCCAAGAUGGACUGGUUAGUUGUCAAGAAGUUGAGAAAUGUAUUAGAGAAAUUAUGGAUGGACCAAAGUCGGAAGAAAUUAAAAUUAAAGCUGCGGACUUGAAGAGGGUGACGAGGGAGGCGGUGGCCGGUGGUGGCUCGUCCGAUCAGAACAUUCACUUGUUCGUGAAUGAGAUUACUGGCGAUUAGUAUUGUAGGUUAGUGUAUUCAAUGGGCUUCACAACGAACCAGUAAUGAAAAAAUAUAUAUCAUGAUAAGUAUUGUAUGUAAGUGUUUUAAUACCUUGGAGUGAUUCUUUUUUAGAGGUAUUAAUUACUAUUUCUCUCA